AAAGACCACCUGACUAUAAAUGCAGUAAAUACUGCUGCGGAACACCAGAUCAGGAAUCUUUAAAGCCUCUAAGAGGGGUGAUAAGUUUGAUAGGCAGACAUCAAAUUCCCCGUCACGCAGUAGAGUACAGCCAAACUAGUUUCUUGUUGAUGACAUAGUUUGCUCAAUCCUAGAGCUAGAUUCACACACUCCGCUACUAUAAAAUUUGUUCUUCCCCCUCGUCUUGGUUGCCUUUAUCGUGCGCCCAUCUCUCUUGGGAACUUGAGUUUUGCUGCUGAGAUUUGACCAUGGGUAAUGCUUCUUCGAUGUUGACUCAAUAUGAUAUUGAGGAUGUUCAAGACCACUGCGACCAUCUCUUUGCACAGCAGGAAAUAGUGUCACUGUAUCAGAGGUUCUGCCAACUUGAUCGGAAUUCAAAGGGUUUUAUAUCAGCUGAUGAGUUUCUCUCUGUGCCAGAAUUCGCAAUGAAUCCACUUUCUCAGAGAUUGCUUAAGAUGGUGGAUGGCUUGAACUUCAAGGACUUUGUGGCAUUUUUAUCAACUUUCAGUGCUAAGGCCAGUGUGGCACAGAAAAUUGAACUUAUCUUCAAAGUGUACGAUUCUGAUUGCAAUGGGAAGGUGACUUUUGAUGACAUAAUGGAAGUGCUUCGGGAUUUAACUGGAUCAUUCAUUUCUGACAAGCAAAGAGAGGAAGUGUUAAGCCAGGUUUUGCACGAGGCUGGUUAUACAAGGGACUCCUUACUGCAGUUGAAUGACUUCAUUAAGAUCAUGGACCACCCUGGUUUGAAGAUGGAGGUUGAAUCUCUUUCUUUUUUUCUUUCUUCCUCUCCCCCUUCCCCCUUCCCCCUUUUGUGGGGGCAGGGAUAGAAACACAGAAAGAACCAUGUAAUUAAGAUAAAAGCUUUUAGCUUCUUCAAAAAAUCUUUUGAGUAUGCUAUAAUUCUCAUUUUCACGAGUUGUAUAUUUUUUCGAAGUUGAAUCGUGCAGAGUUUUGCCUUGUUGAA